AUGGCACUGUUAGCUCCUGGAACCCCUGAAAAGCAGGUGGAUGAGGGAGGCUUGCUGAUGCAUCCGCUGGGGCUCUGCAAUAGCAACGAUGAAGAGGACUUGUAUGAAUACGGCUGGGUCGGAGUGGUGAAGCUGGAGCAGCCGGAGCUGGAGCCCAAGCCGUGCCUCACCGUUCUGGGCAAGAUAACAACAGAUCGAUGGGUCCUGUCCAUCAUCCGAGAGGGCUACAGAAUCGAGUUUGUUCAGGCUCCUCCACCAUCAGGUCUCAUCGUCACACCUCCAUCGCCGGUCCUCCUGCAGGAAGUAGAAAACCUUAUCACAAAACACACCAUAGAGCCUGUUACCACUGACUCCCCAGUCACUGGCUUCUACUCCCGCUAUUUUGCAGUGCCAAAAAAGGACGGAGGCCUGCACCAAAUCAUGGACCUCAGAGCUCUAGAUCAGGCCAAGCGGGCAGUGCAAAGAGGGGCCACAGCGGUCAUUUUCGAUGUGUCUGAGAAUCCAGAUGCCAUUGAUCAGUUGAACCAAGGCUUGGAAGACCCUCUGAAGAGACCAGUCGUGUAUGUGAAAGGGGCUGAUGCCAUCAAACUGAUGAACAUUGUCAACAAGCAGAAGGUUGCCCGGGCCAGAAUACAGCACCGGCCUCCCCCGCAACCUACGGAAUACUUCGACAUGGGGAUUUUCUUAGCCUUUUUUGUCGUGGUGUCUCUUGUUUGCCUUGUUCUUCUUGUCAAGAUCAAACUGAAGCAGCGCCGCAGCCAGAGUUCCAUGAACAGGCUGGCUGUGCAGGCGCUGGAAAAGAUGGAGACACGGAAGUUCAGAUCCAAGCUGAAAGGGCGCUCUGAAGAGAGCUGUGGUGCUCUGGAUACGCUCAGCAGCAGUUCCACCUCUGACUGUGCUAUUUGCCUGGAGAAAUACGUUGAUGGGGAGGAGCUGCGUGUGAUUCCUUGUGCUCACCGGUUCCACCGGAAGUGUGUGGACCCAUGGCUUCUGCAGCAUCACACAUGCCCGCAUUGUCGCCAUAACAUCAUAGAGCAAAAGAAAGGAUCCCCAGGACAGAUGUGUGAAGAAUUUGCUAGCCAGAUGCGUAGCCGGCAGCAGCAGCAGCAGCGGCCUAUGAUCCUUCCGGUUCAUUAUCCUGGCAGAGUUCACAGAGCCAGUCAGGUCACUGCAUACCCAACCCGGACUAGUAUGGACCACCAUGGGAACCCUAUCACAGUCCUGACGGUGGACCGGCAUGGGGAGACCCCUGCCUUCAUCCGGAGCUACCAGCCUCUCCACUUGGAUCACACUUUGAGUGCCCAUCCGUGUGGGGUGGAGCAUAGGGCCUAUCCCGCUGCACCCCCUUUCCGGAGGCCCAAGUUCAGUGGCCAUAACUUUUCCAAACCUGCUUGUUUUUCACAGUAUGGAACCAUGUUUCAGCACUACUAUUUCCAAGGCCUGAGCUACCCAGAGCAGAAUGGGCAGCUUCCCCUGGGCAUGGCUGCCAAGGGCCCUGCUCGUGCCUUCCAGCCUGUGGGCAGCAGGCUUUUCCCUCCAGUGGUCCACAUUGCCCCCCCAUCCCACCUGGAGAGCAGCAGCACUUCGAGCUUCAGCUGUUACCACGGCCAUCGCUCAGUAUGCAGUGGCUACCUGGCGGAUUGUCCGGGCAGUGACAGCAGCAGCAGCAGCAGUGGCUCUGCCCAGUGCCGUUGCUCCUCCAGUGACUCCGUGGUGGACUGCACGGAGGUGAGCAACCAAGGCGUCUAUGGGAGCUGCUCCACCUUCCGGAGCUCUCUGAGCAGUGACUAUGACCCGUACAUCUAUCGCAGCAAAAGCCCCUGCCGGGGGAGCGAAGGGGGUGGGGUGAGCAGAGGGACCGUGGUUCUCGUGGAAGGACUCCAUUCCUCCCGCCCCGCUGGGGGGGAAUGCUUCCCUGUGUCGGCUGCCUCUGCAGGGGACCAGCUUUCAGACUGCAGCCUAGAGAUGAAUUACAGCAGCAGCAGCAGCUCCUCGCUGGAGCACAGGGAGCUCGCCACCGCUGUCGUCUCGGAGGGAGGCCUCGAAGCCCUCUCUGGGGCAGCAGCUGGAGACUCAAGCCAGACCUGCAGAGGGACUCAGGAGCAAGCCUGUGACUGCCACCAGGAGGCCACAGGCAGGGGGGCUGAAUGCAGCACACUUCUCCUGGGGCCGCCAUUUUGGACAGGAUGUGGCCCUGGGCCAGAGCCUCCUGGAGGGAGAAGCCGGGGCUUGUACAGUAUUCGGACGGAAGGGGGGGGGGAAUGCGAGGCCUUGCCGUGUUGCUUCUAUGAAGAGAAGCAGGUGACCAGCAGCAGCAGCCCCAGCCAAGCUGCCUGCUAUGCAGAGGACUGUUCCGUGAACGUGCAGUACGUGUAUGCGGAGGACUCCUUGCCCAGCUGCUACACAGCGGGGUGCGACCUGGGCCAGCGGAUCACCAUCAUUCCCGAAGACAGAGAUUGUGAGCUGCCGGCAGUGCCCAUGGAGUGCCGAGGAGACAGCAGCAGUCUUUGGGAAGGGCCGUGCGAGAUGGACUCUUGUGGGCUCCGGCCAGCUCCAGGGGAGGGGCACAGCAAGCUGGAAGAGGAGUUGUGCUACCCAUCAAUAGACUCUCUGCAGAAGGAGGCCCGGGGGCGUUUUCUGAGCCCUGUCCUGAGUUGUCCUGAGGCUGCCCCAGUGUUGGCAGGAAGCACCCAGAUAUCAGGCAAGUAA